CAGAAAUGGGCCCGUCGAGACCUUGGGCCCAGGAAUAAAAGAUCCUGGGUGUUUCUCCUAACCGCCCGGCUGGAAAGGCACCAUCAGAGGCCGCCGGCUCCGGUCGCUAAGAACUCUGGCCCUGGUGAGGCCGGGUCUUUUAGGACCGGGCGAAGAAGGAAGCAAAGAGGAGCGGGUUUUUUUCUGAGGGGGAGCGGUGACAGCAACGCACCGGAAGCGGUACAGCGGCCGGACCCCGGGAGCGGCUGCGACGUGUUGUUCGUGAGGCGGUGGGAACACUUCCCCAGGGUUCUGGGCUAGGAAGGCCGCGGCUAGGUGCCUUUUCGCUUACCCCUCGCGGGGCCAGCAGGCCUAGCAGCGUGGGGCGGAGGCGACGGCGAAGGCCGGGGCUGGGAACGUUGGCGGCCGGCGUCCCAGCCAUGGCCGAGUCUGUGGAGCGGCUGCAGCAGCGGGUGGAGGAGCUGGAGCGGGAACUGGCACAGGAGAGGAGUCGGCGGGCCUUGGGGGGCGGCGACGGAGGCGGCGGCCGGGUCCGCAUCGAGAAGAUGAGCCCGGAGGUGGUGGACUCCAAUCCUUACAGCCGCCUGAUGGCAUUGAAACGAAUGGGGAUUGUAAAUGACUAUGAGAAAAUCCGUACCUUUGCUAUAGCAAUAGUAGGUGUUGGUGGAGUUGGUAGUGUGACUGCUGAAAUGCUGACAAGAUGUGGCAUUGGUAAGUUGCUACUCUUUGACUAUGACAAGGUGGAACUGGCCAAUAUGAAUAGACUUUUCUUCCAACCUCAUCAAGCAGGAUUAAGUAAAGUUCAAGCAGCAGAAUAUACUUUGAGGAACAUUAAUCCAGAUGUUCUUUUUGAAGUACACAACUACAAUAUAACCACAGUAGAAAACUUUCAACAUUUCAUGGAUAGAAUAAGUAAUGGUGGAUUAGAAGAGGGAAAACCCGUUGACCUAGUUCUUAGCUGUGUGGACAAUUUUGAAGCUCGAAUGACAAUAAAUACAGCUUGUAAUGAACUUGGACAAACAUGGAUGGAGUCUGGGGUCAGUGAAAAUGCAGUUUCAGGGCAUAUACAGCUCAUAAUUCCUGGAGAAUCUGCUUGUUUUGCGUGUGCUCCCCCACUUGUGGUUGCUGCAAAUAUUGAUGAAAAGACUCUGAAACGAGAAGGUGUUUGUGCAGCCAGUCUUCCUACCACUAUGGGAGUGGUUGCUGGGAUCUUGGUACAAAAUGUGUUGAAGUUUUUGUUAAAUUUUGGUACUGUUAGUUUUUACCUUGGAUAUAAUGCAAUGCAGGACUUUUUCCCUACUAUGUCCAUGAAGCCAAAUCCUCAGUGUGAUGACAGAAAUUGCAGGAAGCAGCAGGAAGAAUACAAGAAAAAGGUAGCAGCACUGCCCAAACCAGAGGUUGUUCAAGAAGAGGAAGAGAUAAUACAUGAAGACAAUGAGUGGGGUAUUGAGUUGGUGUCUGAGGUUUCAGAAGAGGAACUGAAGAAUUCUUCAGGUCCAGUUCCUGACUUACCUGAAGGAAUUACAGUGGCAUAUACAAUUCCUGAAAAGCAAGAAGAUUCUGUAGCUGAAGUAACUGUGGAAGAUUCUGGCGAAAGCUUGGAAGACCUCAUGGCCAAGAUGAAGAAUAUGUAGACAAUGGACUGACCUACAUUUUAUUUCCUGAGUUUAAGCAAAUGUCCUUGCAAUUAAAAAAAAAUCACUUAAAAACUUACAAAGCUUAGGGCAACAUUAAUUGAUACAUAAUCUUCACAGAAUUGUUACACUUUUUGAAAGUACUGUAUCAUUUAUCACUUUCCCUUCAACUAAAUCAAUAACUCUCCUAAAACUUCUGUUUCAUUCCUGUUAAGAAAACUUGAAAACUUAGCCACUGAAAUGUUUUGGCCUUUGGAGAGGGAUGGGAAGGAUGGACCAAUAAUAUGCUAUGUUUCUUUUCUUUCCAGUAAUUCUUUGUGGUGUGUUGUCUGAGGCCAUGGAUAAUAAAGUAGUAUGUGGUUCUCAAAUGUAGACAGGGCAGGGGGUACCACCUAUUGGUUAGAGCUAGCAGGCCUCCACUCAUUGUGUUUAGAAUCACUCUCUACAAGAAAACUACUACCAUUAACUUGGCCAACAGUGAAUUUAAAAUAAUUAGCCUAUAAAAUAAAAAUAUCCUCUCAAAUGUUACCUGAUGAAAUACAAGCUGAAAUGUAGUCAUUGGAAAAGUUUGUAAACCUGUAAGUUAUAUAUUAAAAACAAGACAAAGGCAAAUAAAAGGAAACUUUCUUCACGGAUAAACAGAUAAAAGGUACUUUCAGGAAGUACAAGUUAUUAUAUUUCUGCACUGACCAAGGAAAAGGAAUCAUAGCAUCUGUGGAACAUAUAUAUCUGGAGUCACUGUACUUUAUUUUGAGCAGCAAGGAAUGAAUUUAAGCUAAGAUCCUCUAGAUUAUACCCAUUGUAUGGGCUACCUUCGGAAUACUUCAUUUAAAUUUGAUUCUCUAGAUAAUUAGUUAUCCUGUAUUGUGGGCAUGAGAGAGACAUAAAAAACCUCUGUAAUGACUGAUGUGUACUUAUUCAGUGGGAGAGAAUCAGUUACCCUGAUUAUGAUCACUAAGUUAUAAAUUGAUAAACUGGUUUUCUUUGGAGUUGCAUACAAAUAAUGAAAGUUUAGAGAGCCUUGGAUAAAUAAAUUCCCAAUGGUUUGGAGACCAAAAAAAAAAAAAUAUAUAUAUAUAUAUAUGCGCAUGUGUAACCAUUAUCAGUAGGAUGUUACUAUGCUAUGCUAACCUAUUUUGAUGAUUUUUUGUUUUGAAGAUAGUAAUAUCUAAAUUGUAUUUCUAGGGAAGAACAUUAGUACAAAAUGAAAAAUGCAGUAUUCCCUUGUAAAAUAAAGUUCUAAAAACUGAUUUCAGAAACCCCCAAAUAUCAAAUAUGUUCAAUAUAUUUGUUUUGAGAUUCUAGAAUCAUAUAGUAAUUCUUAUGUUUAGAGUGAAGUUUGGAAAGUAGGGGGAUAGUUCUUCUAGCUUUGAAACUUAUUUAUGUUGCCUUGGUAGGUCAUUUGCAUUUCAAAAAAAAUCAGUGAAUUCAUGUGUAAAAUAGUUUUUUUCUAGUUACUCAAGAUGUUUUGAAUUUCAAAAAAGAAAAGUCUUUCUAAAAUAAUCCCAUUCCUUUGGAACCUCUGGUACACUGAUUUGGGAAGGCUUUGCUUAUAAUUUAAAAAUGGUAUAGUUUGAUAGAGUAUAAUAGCAAGAACAUACUUUUAUUCUGCUCUUAACAUAGGAUUUCAUACUGCUGGUGUUUUAUACUGCAUCAAAUCUUAGAUCUAAGUUAUAAUUCUUUAAUAUAUUCCAUUAAAAAAUAGUUACUGGAUUACUUUACCAGAAAAAAAUCUGGUAACAGGUACCUUUUGCUAUGUGGAGUGCUCUUUUGAUAAUCUGUUUGCCAUGAAAACUUACAGGAGCUGAUAAUGAGAAAUUAAUCAACACUGAGUUUUACAUUACUAAAUAAAACCAGUGUUUGAUCAGAUUUCUAAAAACGACUGUUUCUAGAAACGUGAAAGAAGGAAACACACUUCCAAAAUUGCCUUAGCACAAGGGCUUUAAAUUAUAGUAAAAGAAUUAUAUUCAGCUAUCUUCCCCAUUGUUAAUGGGGAGCUAAUUUAUGUACUACUUGUAUGUUUUAUUUAGUAAAAAAAAAUAUGUAUUAUGGUUUCCUCACAUAAAAAUACUCCUUGAAUACCUACAGACACAACACAAAAAGGUGGUAACCAUUUAAGAAUAUUAAGAUUUAACCUUCCCCAAUCACAUUUUUUCCAUAUUUUUUUCUGUAAAGUAUUAAUGAAAACUAUAACCACCAUUAUUUGGUUCCUACCAAUUCAGAUGUAUAAUUGAGUUGUUUCAAAGCUACCUUUUUCAUUGUGAAGGUGUAUAUCAAUGUAAACAUAAUAGUUCUAUUUGAGAACCUCAAAUAGAUGUCUGUUUCAGCAAAUUUUUAUCUUAAGUAGGCAUUUUACAUAGAAACAUUUGAAUUGGCAGUACAAGAAGUAGUAAGAUCAAAAUACAGCUUUCAAAAGUAUAUUUAAACUGAAAUCUCUUGAAAUAUAUGGAGUCCUCAAGCCCCAAUUGUAAUUAGUGAAUUUUUACCACAAGUCACUUUUAAUAAAUUAUGUUUCCACUUAAGGUUUUCAAGUCCAAAUUAUGUAGGAACAAAGAAUAAAUGCAUAUCAUUCUUU